AUGGCAAGUGACAAACCCCAGGCCGAGGCUAUGGCCGUGCACCACGAGGAUAUCAUCCAUCACAACGUGGUUGGCGAGGAGCGACUUGAUCCUCACAUUCGCGAUGAUCAUGGUGACCCCCAUCGCGCGGCGCUGGAAGACAUUGACGGCACCAAAAAGGUGACCAAGUCGACCUGGGCCGCCGUCUUCUUCCUGGGCUUCACCUUCCAGCCUGCCCUAACCUUCACCAUCUUGUGUUGUUUCCCAAUCCUGGGUCCUAUCUCUCUGGAACUCCAGGGCAACACCAACAACGCCAACUGGAUGGCGUCUGGAUGGUCGUUGGCCGGCAGUGUGUCCUUUGCCAUUGCCGGUCAGCUGUCCGACUACUUUGGCCGACGAUAUAUUCUUCUCUUCGGCCAGGCUCUGUUGAUUUUGGGGCAUCUAGUGGGAGCGACCGCAUAUAGUGUCAAUCAAGGGAUUGCAGCCAUGGUCUUGCUCGGCUUCGGUACCGGUACAACGUUCGUGCUCUAUCCUGGAAUAUCCGAGCUCCUCCCCAACAAACACCGUUCGCUCGGUUUGGCCUGGACAGAAAUGAACAUCCUACCAUUCACCACCUUUGGGCCGUUGAUUGCUCGCGCCCUUUUGAAAAAUGCCACUUGGAGAUGGGUGUAUAUCCUCGGUGUCAUCACCGCAGUCAUCUCAUUCGUUGGCACAGCCAUCUUUUAUAUCCCACCCACCAAACCCUUGAGAGACAUCACACGUCGGCAACUGAUGGCAGAGCUGGACUACGUGGGUAUCGUUCUCUACACGGCUGGGCUGACGCUUCUCCUCUUCGGCCUGGGCAGGGGUGGUGUCAGUGCUCCUUGGAAGUCGGCCCAAGUUCUCGUCCCUCUCAUCCUCGGUGCCGUCGUGUUCUCGCUCACCUUCUUCUGGGACUUUUACGGGCCAGUCAAGCGGCCACUGUUUCCCUUACGCUUGUUCAGGAAAAUGAGAGACUACACUUCCCUCCUGGUCAUCAUUUUUGUGACGGGCUUGGUCUACUUCAGUAUGACUGCCCUAAUUCCGACCCAGAUCAGCGACAUGUUCACCAGCGAUCCCAUCCGGGCGGGUCUGUAUAACAUCCCCGGUGGCUUUGGUGGAGCAGCCGGUGGAGCCAUCAUCGGAUCCUUCAUGGCCAAAAUCAAGCACGUUCAUCUCCAGUUGGUGUUUGGCAUAGCCAUGCAGACUCUGUUUGCUGGACUGUUUGCCUUGGCCACGCCGGAUCGACUGGGAAUGACGAUUGCUUUCCAACUCCUGGCUAACAUCCCUUUCUCCUGGAUCACCCUCAUUUGCUACGUGACAGCCUCACUGAAUGUGCCUCAGCGAGAUCUGGGCUUGGCCCUGGGGUUGAUCGGGACCUUCAGGUUUCUCGGCGGCGCCAUAGGGACGACGAUUUUCGACACGAUCCUCAACAACAAGGCACAGACGGACAUUCCCCCCCGAGUGCUUCAGUUUGUCGAGCCACUCCAUUUUCCGGCGUCCAAGAUCCCGGGACUCGUCACGGCCCUGUCGGAUCAAGAUGCGUCGGCGUUGUCCACCUACUCACAGGCCGUGAUCGACGCCGGAGUUCAAGGUAUGCGAUGGGGAUACUCGGAUGCUUAUCGCAUCACUUGGAUCGCGAGCAUUCCAUUCGGCAUCAUUGCCACCUUGAUAGCAGUGGGGGUCCCUGACGUCUCUCCUUACUUCACCUCCCAUACCGCGGUGACCAUGGAAAAGGAGAGAUUAGAUGGACGACACCAGCAUGUCGAUGUUGAAGGUGAACAGAAAGGAAUGGCCUUGGUCUAG